AUGUCACCCCAGCCGGACGCCCAAGGAAAUACCUCACCCCCCGCAUCGGUGAGGUCGACGGCCAGCCAUGGACUGCCCACGCCCGACGCCGAGCACGACCAAGUGACGCCCAAGAGCCUCGCGCAGACGGGCCGUUCACGCACCGCGCCCAUUGUCAACGAGAGCAACCUCUGGAAGUCGUCAAUUGACCGCCCCCAGCUCGACGAGCGCGACAGCAUCUUCGCAACCACGUACCUCGUCUCCGACAGCCCCAUCUCCUCCCCGCGGGCCAGCGCACGCAAUGUAGAUUCUGCCAACGAUGCUCCCGAACACAGUCUGGCUGAGAUGGCAGCGCCAGCACCUCCCCAGAGGCGAUUGAUGGAUCCGCCCAUCAUACGCAGGAAGCACUCUACCCUUCCUCCGCCUUCUUCCAUCGACCACCAAGCCGUGCUGACUACCCCCUUUAACCCCCGCGCAGCCAUUGCCGCCGGCAUGACUUUCGACGCCAUCCAUCACAGUCCUCCGCCCUACAUGAGCCCAGUCGAUUCGCCCGUACAACACCCCACCACCCCGCCACGUCCCGAGCUCCAAUACGAGGCUUUGCUGGAGAGCGAAGAGCGGCGCAGGAACAGGGAGUGGCGCGAAGGGAAGCCUGUGCCAUUCAAGGGCAACAUGAUCUUGGAUCAGCCCGUCAUGGACGUAGAAAUGGAGAAGAAGAUUGAAGCAACGCUUGCCAAGACCGAACAACCCACUUCCGCACGCAGUCGAAAAGCAAGUCACUAUCUGCGCGUAUUCAAGGAUGGCGAUCCUACCGAAGAGCCGAAGAAGAAGGACACCAAGACAAAAGAGCGUCCUUCUGCUGAGAGGACCCUGUCCGCACUUUCAGAAGAAGGCUCAACCGAGACUAUCGGCCUCAUUGACCAGCUGCGCCGCGCAUCACUAGCUUCCUCCGUCGUGCAAUCACCUCUAGGCGGUCCGACUGAUUCAUACUUCGAUGCGAAAGCGGCGCCCCGCACCGAGUCAGGCGUUGCCUCUCCACCUCCCAACGGAAGCACGCGACCAGACGCAAGUUCUCAGGACAAGCACAAAUUCCCAAGGCGUCUUCUCGAGGACAUUCGCGGCUUCGGCAACCUGACUCCUGGUGCGGACCCACGGUCUUCGUUCUCUCGCAGUCUACCCACAUCAGCUGUCGAAAAGGUUCACGCGCAUGCACCAACGAACGGAGCGACACCUUAUGACGAGCCGUCCGAUUAUUUUCAGGUUAAAGACGGAGGCGAUAAAGAACGUACGCCAGGCUCGGAGGAAGAUGAAGAAUCGGAAAAAGAACAGAUCUCUUCGGCUCUCUACUUUCCCCAUCGCCGGCUUAAGACAAGUGAGCAGGUGCCUACAGAACCACAGAACCGAGAUAGAGAGGUGAAUGCUGUCGAUAAGCGGGCUUCAACUCACGAGGUUGCGGGGCCGAAAGGGUGGGCCACAGAGAAGGAUGUUCAAACUCCACAAGAAGUAGAAAUUUCUCUAAAGGCCCAAGAUACCAAUCAAUGCCUUCAUGGUGAUAUCUCCACGGCGACUUCCUUGAAGAAAGAUAAAGAGCAGCCGCUGACCGCUCCCGAUGCGCUCUCAGCUGAAUCUGAGUCUGAGUCGCACGCCGAGUCUACUCAAUCAAAUCUUGGUUAUGAAUCCAGUGCGACUGAUGAACUAGGAACGACGCCCACUGCGACUUCGCACAAACAGGAACCUAAGGCUGCUGCGCCUCAGGUGGCUCAGCCGCCGGCCCCACUGGGUGCUGUGGAGCUGAAGCCAUACGAUCACCAAGUCGGCGGUCAUUCUACUGUUUACCGUUUCUCUAGGCGAGCAGUAUGCAAACAGCUAAACAAUCGAGAGAAUGAGUUUUACGAAACAGUGGAGCGGCAGCAUCCUGAGCUGUUGGAAUUCUUGCCAAGAUACAUCGGCGUGUUGAACGUGACCUACCGAAAAGCCCCCAAGAAGAAGAAGGUUGCCAAAGACAAAGCGAAAUCUGAUGCUGCUCCCACUGCUUCAGCGACGCAGUCGGAAAGCGCGUCAAGACAGGCUUCAAAGGCUCCCGAAGACCGGGGCAAUGAGGAACAACCUCGAGUGGUCAGCCACUCGCAGCAGAUUAUGCCCAUCCCCCAGGUCAUCUUUGAGAACAACCGGCACAUAAUCCCAGACAAUCUGUUCCGCGUGCCACCGCGCUCCACCACCCCAGAUCCAUGGAUGCGCAAUGCUUCCUUGUUGCAACAACAACAUCGACGAAACCAAAGUGACUAUGGUCACAUUUCUACGAGCCCAAGUCGGCCCCCAUUGCAGCAUGCCAGCAGUUGGGGUGUGACGACGAUCAACAGAAAGCUACAGGAGGAGGUACUCCGGCAGGUUUUUGCGCCGCCAACUAUUCAUCAUCGACCACGCCAUCAUCAUCACGGGAUCUCAGCUCGUAAGGCGGGAGGAGACGUUCCGCAGAACGUGGCUGGCUCUGCGCCUACGAUAAGGAGGAACAGCACAGAUGUAGCUGGAUUGCAUCCACCACUCACAGAAGAGUCCACACGGAAACAAGUUCUGAAAGCUGAAGCGCACCGCUUUGCCUCGGAAAGGAGCGCUGAUGCUGCCGUUUCCAGCUCCCUUGGCCAGCCAGACACCACCGCCGAUGCCCUGAAGCCGCCAUCGAACAAUCUUCCCCGCCGUCGUCAUUCUGGCAGUGGACUUACUAGAAGACCCUUGGGGAUAGAUACUGUCCAGAGACAUAACCUGGAAUACUACGAAGAGGAUGGCUACGGUGGUGACGCAGAGGAGGAAGUAUUUGCUAUGGACGAGGAUCGCAAUGCCAUGUCAGACGCAAAAGAUCAGCACCGAGGCCGAUCUGUGCAAGCAUCUGGCGCAACAAACGGGGUUCAUCCCCAGACACCAUCAGAAGGCACAAUGCUACCAGCCCCUGCUGCACCAAAUGGCAACGGCGCCCCGCUUGGCGAUGAACCUUCCAAUCCCGAAGAAGCGCAACAACAACCCGACGAGCGCGUUCAGCACUUCAUCCUUCUGGAAGACCUGACCGCAGGCAUGUCCAGGCCUUGUGUCUUGGACCUGAAAAUGGGCACGCGGCAGUAUGGAGUGGAAGCCGAUGAGAAGAAACAAAAGUCUCAAAGACGCAAGUGUAAGAUGACAACGAGUGCCCAGCUCGGCGUACGUGUUUGCGGCAUGCAGAUUUGGAACGCCAAAACCCAAAGCUACAUCUUUGAAGACAAGUACUUUGGCCGCGACUUGAAGGCUGGCAGAGAGUUCCAGGAUGCGCUGAAGCGCUUUUUCUGGGAUGGGACAAGUUACAAAGCAGCGACAAGACAUAUUCCUGUCAUACUGGAGAAGAUCAGCCAGCUGGAGCGCAUGAUACGGAAUCUUCCAGGCUACCGAUUCUACGCAAGCAGCUUGCUGAUGCUCUACGAUCGUGGGGAUGGAGAGUCAAAGGAAAAAGAAGCGCAACCCUCUCUGCCCAAUGGUCUCUCGAACCCGAGCAGCGAAGACGUCUCAGUAAUACCAUCUGGACCCACAUCACCAGGCCCGACAACCGCCUCUAAGCCGACACCUAAGCAUCUCCCAGAGAUCAAGCUCAAGAUUGUCGAUUUCGCCAACUGUGUCACCGCAGAAGACCCGCUACCUGACGACUUACCUUGCCCACCCCAGAACCCGGAUGGCAUUGAUCGAGGCUACCUCCGUGGUCUACGGUCGCUGCGCCUCUAUUUCCAGCGCAUCUGGCACGACAUCAACGAAGAGUGGGUUGAACGAGGCGAGGGCGAAGGUAUGGCGCGCAACCAUCACCACGGCCCUGGCCUAGGUGAGGUCGGUGCGGGUUGGAUGGACGAUGCUGGUGGUGAAGACACGGGCUAUGCCAGCUUCUAA